CUCCAGGAGGAACUCUGUCCUGAAGAGAUAAGAGAGCCCAAUUGCUAAUUUUACACAGAAAAGCAGGAAAUGUGACAGUGAGUUUUUGCUUCCACAAACAGGAGAGCCACCAGCCUGGCCUUGGAGGGAAUCCUGUGUGGCUGAGUUCCUGUGACUGAGAGAGAGAGAGAAAGCGAUCGAGAGAGAGUGGGUGUCAGAAAAAGAGAAGGGUGAAGAAACAGCAAGGGAGGAAAGAAUAGGCAGAGAAAGUGAGGGAGGAAGAGUGGAUAGAAAGGGACGGGGCAGAGAGUGACUGAUACAUAAGAAAACGUUAAUCAGGGAUAGGAAAAAACGAGAGAGCCGUGAGGAAACCAAGGACAGCUACUCUGGAUGCGUAACAUUCUCUCUUCUUCUCUGAUAGUGCAGAGAAAGUUAUGGCUGAAAACAACACAAAUCUCUUCCUGGAAAUUCUUAAAUCAUUUGAUGUUGUCCCCCUGAUCAUAGCAUUCUGUGUAUCCAUUGCGGUGGGCAUCCUAUUGGGGGCGCUGGUCUAUGUGCUCCUGACUUGGAUGUCCCGUCGCAAGGCAGGCUCUGUCAGCAUUACUCGCCCGCCACCUCGCCCGUCCCGCACUUCCCCCCGGGCUCGCCCGGGCUUCAACCGAAACAGCAGCUAUGACCGACGCAGCAACAACAGCCUGGUCAGUGCUGCUUUCAGCUUUCACCGCCAGGCCUCCUCCCCGGACCAGGCUGACCCUUUGGGUCGCAAGUCCAGUUUCAGGGCUUCUACUUUCCACCCCCUCCUCCAGUGUAGCCAGAUCGCCCGGGAAGCUGAGGAAGGGAGCCAGACCACGCUACCGCGUACCCCAAUCCUGAGCCCUUCCGCUGGGUUGUCCCAUCAAACUCCAGCCCAGGUUGCCUCCACCCAACCCAGGCCUGAGUCGUUCUGGAGCAGUAGUAGUUUGAGGGGGUUUCAUGCCACACAGACCCCGCCUCCUGCCUAUGAGAGCAUUAUAAGGGCUUACCAGGAGACCUGCACCUAAGACAGGGAUGGAUGGGUCAAGGUGUAGGGGAUGAUACUGACUGACUGUUACUGGAUGUGUUUGACCCAAGGUGAAAAUGAUGAGCCCUGAUGCUAAUAUAUACAGUAUAUGGCUGCCUCUACACAGGCAGCCUGAGUCUCUGAUGUUUUUUCCCUCAUUAUUGUUGUUUUGAAAAUUACAUUAGAUACUAAAACAUUUUUUUGUUCUGAUCUAAGUUGUCAAAAGAAUAGUAAGGAAAAUUACAGAACUGGGCUGCCAGUCUAAACCAAACCUAUUUGAGUCAGUGUGUGGUUGAGUGUGUGUGUGUAUGAGAGAGAGAGCUAUGUUUUGCAGUGUGUUUAUGAACAAGAGAAAUAUGUGCAUUAUUUUUAUUUUCUGAUAAGACAGUGUUGUACAUUGAGAACUCAUGUUGUCUUCCUUGAUGAACCAGCCCCAGUUAACCCAUGCUACUUGAGUGCUUUCCAUUUGUGAGCUUGGACAUGCACAAUGAUGUGCAUAAACAACAUUUGCAUGAAGCAAUACAAACCUCUCUGCAAUGACCCAAUUAGGGGUACUGUCUAAGGCAAUCAACUAAAUGACAUAUGAUUGUCAUGGAUCUGAUUCAUUAAAUGGUUACUGUUUUGGUUGGAAUUUACUGGAAAGUGAUCAUAAGUGUUGAAAUAAACAGCUCUGUACGUAAAAUAUACAAUCUUUACCAGACACACAUGGAAUAACAUAUGCCAGCUUUAUGUUU